AUGCAUGAAUUCGGUAGCACAAGACAUGAAUUCUUUGUUGUUCAUGAUGCCAAUGAUCUGGAAGAUCAAAUGGUUGGAGCAGACAUUGGUAUGGAACGUGCUUGUUUGAUGGGAACCGGUGAUGGAUUCAAAUUACCCAUCAACACUCAUGUUUUGGGUAUCCUUUUACACUUCUGGGCUGAGCCGACUUUCAAGACCAUUGAUGAAGCUACAUGA